AUGGGAGAUCAGCCUGAGGAAGCUCAGAAGCCUUGUUUGAGUGUCCAGACCCUGUUUAAGAGGGUCAAGGCCUUGCUCACCAAAGCCCCAUCUCCGACCCUGCCCCCACCCCCCUCCCGGAAUCCAGGCUGUACACAUGUGUACGGGUAUGUGUUUGGGCACGUGCGUGAAAAUGACCUGGAGCAUCUCCCAUCACAGCAGGUGCUGGACACAGGAGAGCAGUUGAUGGUUCCCGUGGAUGUCCUCGAAGUGGAUAACGAGGGCGCCCUGUGGAAGUUUCUGCUCUCAGGGGCCAUGGCUGGGGCGGUAUCCCGCACGGGCACAGCCCCUCUGGACCGAGCCAAGGUGUAUAUGCAGGUCUACUCCUCCAAGACUAACUUCAUGAACCUGCUGGGGGGGCUCCGAAGCAUGGUCCAGGAAGGGGGCUUCCGCUCCCUGUGGCGGGGCAAUGGCAUCAACGUCCUCAAGAUUGCCCCUGAGUACGCCAUCAAGUUCUCCGUCUUUGAACAGUGUAAGAAUUACUUCUGCGGAGUGCACGGGUCCCCACCCUUUCAGGAACGUCUCCUCGCUGGCUCCCUAGCUGUGGCGACCUCUCAGACGCUCAUCAACCCCAUGGAGGUGCUGAAGACGCGGCUGACCUUGCGCCGGACGGGCCAGUACAAGGGGCUGCUGGACUGUGCGAGGCAGAUCUUGAAGCAGGAGGGCACCCGCGCCCUAUACCGCGGCUACCUGCCCAACAUGCUUGGCAUCAUCCCCUAUGCCUGCACGGACCUGGCCGUCUAUGAGACACUCAGGUGUUUCUGGUUGAAGUCAGGCAGGGACAUGGAGGAUCCCAGUGGCCUGGUCAGUUUGUCAUCGGUGACACUGUCCACGACCUGUGGCCAAAUGGCCAGUUACCCGCUGACGCUGGUGCGCACCCGGAUGCAGGCCCAAGACACUGUGGAGGGCUCGAACCCCACCAUGUGCGGAGUCUUUCGGCGGAUCCUGGCCCAGCAGGGCUGGCCAGGGCUGUACCGAGGCAUGACUCCCACUUUACUGAAGGUGUUGCCAGCAGGUGGCAUCAGCUAUGUGGUGUAUGAAGCCAUGAAGAAAACCCUGGGUGUAUAA